AUGAGAGCCUUACUGCUCACUGUUGGCUCCUCCUCCAUAGUAUUCCCUCCAAACUCAACCCCUACCCCUCCCCACCACCACUCAACCAAGCCCAAAUCCAAACCCUCACUUCCCUCUAAACAAUCUCCUUCACGACCACCACCACCAUCAUCACCGUCGUCCACCGCUUCUCCGCCGCCUCUUGUUUCCGCAGUCCGAUGGGACUCGACGACUUCCCGCCGUCGAAACCGCCUCAGGUACUACGCCGACGUCGGCUCCAAGCUCGCGGAAGACGGAAGGUUGGAAGAUUUUCUAAUGGUUGCCGAGAGUGUUGUGGAUUCAGGAUUGAAACCUUCUCAGUUCGUUGCUUUAUUGAAUUCUAAGCUUGUAUAUAAAGGGAUUACGCGGCGGCUUAAGGAAGAGAAGCUUCGGAGUGUAGUUGAGGUUUUGAGUGGUCUCAAGAAGCUUGGAAUUAGUCCGUUGGAGUUGUUCGAUGGGUCUGCAGAGGAAGCACUUGCGCAAGAGUGUCGCCGUAUUAUGAAAUGCGGUGAACUGGAGGAAUUUAUCAGUUUGAUGGAAUUACUUGCAGGGUGUCAAUUCUCAAUCAAAGAGUUAGUGGAGCCACCUGAGAUAAUAAAAAUUUGUGUCAAGGAAUGGAGCCCAAAUGUGGCUGUUCGGUAUGCAAGAAUUUUUCCCAAUCCACAGAUCUUGUUUUGUACGAUGAUUCUUGAAUUUGGAAAGACAGGAGACUUGGCAUCCGCUCUGGCUGUCUUUAAAGCAUCCCAACAGAAGCAGGGUUAUCCUAAUAUGUAUGCCUAUCGCACCAUGAUAGAUGUUUGUGGUCGUUGUGGUGACUACCUGAAAUCCAGAUCCAUUUAUGAGGAGUUACUUGUUCAGAAGGUCACCCCGAAUAUAUAUGUUUUCAACAGUCUCAUGAAUGCAAAUGCCCAUGAUUUGAGCUACACACUGGAUAUUUACAAGCAUAUGCAAACUCUAGGUGUCGCAGCUGAUAUGGCAUCUUACAAUAUCCUUUUGAAGUCAUGUCGUCUUGCUGCAAGAGUUGAUUUGGCCAAAGACAUUUAUAGGGAGGUGCAAAGUUUGGAAUCAACAGGAGCAUUAAAACUGGAUGUUUUCACUUACAGCACGAUAAUUAAGGUCUUUGCAGAUGCAAAAUUGUGGCAAAUGGCACUGCAAAUCAAAGAAGAUAUGCUAUCAGCUGGUGUUAUCCCCAAUACUAUAGCGUGGUCAUCAUUGAUCAGUGCAUGUGCUAGUGCAGGUCUCCUAGAGAAAGCAAUUCAAUUAUUUGAAGAGAUGCUCCUUGCUGGUUGUGAACCUAAUUCACAGUGUUGCAACAUCAUUCUUCAUGCCUGUGUUGAGGCUUGCCAGUAUGAUAGGGCAUUUCGUCUUUUCUGGUCCUGGAAGAGAAGUGGAUUGCACAAGGCUUUUUUUGAAGAUUACCAGGGGAAGGCAGACAGCAAUGGACGUGUUGAGCAUGCACAGGACAAUUAUACUCUUAGUAUACCAAAACGCACAUCUGAUUCUCACCAUUUAAGGUUUAAGGUUCCCUUUACACCAACAACUUCGACUUAUAAUAUUUUGAUGAAGGCCUGUGGUAGUGACUACUACCAUGCAAAAACUUUAAUGGAUGAGAUGAAGACAGUUGGCCUUUCUCCUAAUCUUAUUAGCUGGUCAAUCUUGAUUGAUGUUUGUGGAGGCUCAGGGAAUGUACAGGGUGCUGUGAAGAUUUUGAAGUCCAUGCGUGAAGCUCGUAUUCAACCUGAUGUUGUUGCAUAUACAGCCGUUAUUAAGGUUUGCGUGGAAAGUAAAAAUCUAAAGUUGGCUUUCUCAGUAUAUGCAGAAAUGAAAAGAUAUCAAAUAAAACCAAAUCUGGUGACAUAUAACACACUUCUUAGAGCGCGUAGCAGAUAUGGUUCACUACAAGAAGUACAACAAUGCCUGGCGAUAUAUCAGGACAUGCGAAGAGCAGGGUACAAAUCCAAUGAUUACUAUCUCAAGCAACUAAUAGAGGAGUGGUGCGAAGGAGUGAUACAAAACAAGAAUCAAAAACAAGGGAAGUUUGGUUCUUGCAGUAAAACCGACUUAGGAGGACCUCAAAGUCUGCUUCUUGAGAAAGUUGCAGCACACUUGCAAAAGAGUAGUGCUGAAAGCCUAGCUAUUGAUCUUCAGGGGCUUACAAAGGUUGAAGCUCGGAUUGUUGUUUUGGCCGUUCUGCGAAAGAUCAAAGAAAACUACUCUCCAGGAGAUAAAAUAAAAGACGACAUGUUGAUCAUCCUAGGAGUGCAGGAACUAGGUGCAGUUGGUGCCAAGCAUGAGUCGGGGGUAAAGGAUGCUAUUAUCAAACUUCUGCAGGACAAUUUGGGGCUCAAAGUUCUUUUGAAGGGACAUAAAACUGCAACUGAAAGAAAAAUACAUUUAGAAAACCCGUUUGGUUCAUAUUCGGACAUGGAAGAAAUUAUAGGAGGAAGUGAGUUGCCUCCCCAAAUGGAGUCUCCAACUAGGAGGCCUGCAGCUUUACAAAGACUAAAGGUGACAAAGGAAUCCUUAUAUCAUUGGUUACAAAGAAGAUGGGGCGCUUGUUGAAGGUGAUUACUAAUGUUAGAGUAGUUAGCAUAUUUAAUCUUAGGGUAAUUUAGUCAUUUGAUUUGUUUUAUCUUACCCUACUAUAUAAGGGCCUCUAGUAUAUAUUUUUCCAUUAAGUUGUAAUACAG